CCAUUUUUUCCCCCAUUUUCCCAUUUUUCCCAGGAAAACGGAUCAGUGGCCCCAGAAGUUGAUCAUGCAGCUCAUCCCACAGCAGCUCCUGACCACCCUGGGUCCCCUUUUCCGCAAUUCCCGGAUGGUUCAGUUCCACUUCACCAACAAGGACCUGGAGUCGCUCAAGGGCCUCUACAGGAUCAUGGGCAACGGCUUCGCGGGCUGCGUGCACUUCCCUCACACGGCCCCGUGCGAGGUUCGCGUUCUGAUGCUCCUCUACUCGUCCAAAAAGAAAAUUUUCAUGGGUUUGAUCCCCAACGACCAGAGCGGCUUCGUCAACGGCAUCCGCCAGGUCAUCACCAACCACAAGCAGGUGCAGCAGCACAAGAUGGACCAGCAGCGUGGGCUGGGGGGCUCAGCCCCUGUUCCUGGGGCUCCCCCAUUCCUGCCUAAGCAGCCGGGGACUCUCCCUGUGACAUCAGGGGUGCAGCCGCAGGUGAGCCCAGGCCUGGCGCAGGUCGGGAUCAUGGAGGAGCAGCAGCGGCAGCAGAGCCUGUUACAACUCCGUGCACAACAACAACAACAACAACAACAACAACAACAACAACAACCACAACCCCCCCAAGCCCCUCCUGCAGCUCCUGCACCUCCCCCAGCCCCCCAAAAUCCAGGACCCCCCCAAGCUGGACCCCCCCAGCCCAACCAGGCCGGGGGGGGGGCUCUGCUGCGCCCCCAAAAUCCGGGGGCCAACCCCCAACUUCGGAGCCUCCUGCUCAGCCAGCAGCCCCAAGGUGGGGUCCCCCCCCCCGGCGCAGCCCCUGCACCACCUGCAGCCCCCCCC